AUGUAGUCAACUAAAACAGAACCAGCUCAGAGCCUAAUCCUGGAACUACAGAGAGAAGCACAUCUAAUUAUUAAUUUAAACAAACAAACAAAAUAAUAUUGGAGCACUGAAGUCACCAGGAUGGACACAACAUCCUCACUGAUUAAGUCAGUGUCACGGCGUGUGUGGUCACCCCCUCAGAGGCCUUUCAGAGUGUGUACUUUUAACAGAGAGAGUCGUAAGGGAGUCACUGCUGCCACAUUAAAGGAGCUGAAACAGAAGGCAGCCCAUGCUCUGCUGAUUCCCACCCUGCUGUCUCUGGUGUGUGAGGAAGAUGGGACUGAAGUGGAUUCAGAUGAGUUCCUCAUGGCUCUACCAGAUAACACAGUUUUCAUGGCCUUGGAGCCGAGGCAGACCUGGAGACCUCAUCCGUUAGCCCGGAGAGGUGGCUCCAAACCAGCUGACAGCAAACCCCGCACUGGUCGAGACAUUGCUCGAGUGACCUUUGACCUAUACCGCCUGAACCCAAAGGAUGUGUUUGGCUCUUUGAGUGUGAAGGCCACGUUCCAAGGCCUGUACUCUGUUAGCGCAGACUUCAAAUGCCUAGGGCCCAAAAAAGUGCUCAGGGAAGCCCUCAGAUUCAUCUCCACUGUACUCCAAGCAGCAGGACACAUGCUACUUACAUCAGCCACUGUAAUUCGCCGAAUCAUUCAAGGGGCAGACCUCCUUCAAGUGCAGAACGCUGAUCAUGACGUUCAAGCAGAAUACUGGAACUGACUUCAGCUUUAUUCAGAACAUUAAAUUAUAUAUUUUUGUAAUGUAAAUGUAAUUUUGAAAAUAUAUUUCGUAUAACAAUGUAAAUACACACAAUAUAAUCUUUAAUAACAGUUUGAUUUGUUUUAUGUACGUAUCUGAAAAUACAACAGAUUGGGGGUGAAAACAAUCAUGUUUUGAAGACCAGUUUAUUGGGUUAAAAUGCCAUUGUAACCAAGGGGAAACAUUUUCUAGAAAUAGGUACAAAAAUCUUCACAAGUGAAAAAGGAAUUCUCUAGUCAACCCCAUGAUAUCAAUCAAAUGCAUAGAAUAUAAAAUGUAUCAUUCAAGCUUUUCUCUUCAAUUAUGGUCCUAUGGUCUAAAAAAUGACUGAAUGUUGAAAGAAGCAAUAAUUGAAAUUUAUGCACAUGUAAUAGCAUCUGAUCUUUUAACAUUAAAUAAUGCAUGUUAAAACUAUUUUAAAAUAAAUAUUUUUUUUCCACUGA